UGGUUGGUAAUGAGUUAAGUAGCUUUAAAUGAUAUCACCGCCGACUCCAUCCUCUCUCCCAUAAUUCUUAGAGAGAGAAAGAGAAAGACAUAAUAUUCAGCAGUCCAGCAGAAGACUUAUCAGAAGCUUUCAUCACCAUUUCUUCUUCAUUUCCCUUCAAAAACUUCUUCUUCUUCUUCUUUUCCUAGAGAUAGAAGCAACACAUCUCUCCAUGGAGUUCAUAUAGCCAACAACAUAUAAUAAUCAAAUUCAGGAUUUCAUAAGUGACUGAACAUCUCAUAAUUAUAACGAGCACGAUGAGCAGCAAACAGCGGUUCGUUCGAUGCCCAAAAUGCCUGAAUGUUCUGCCCGAACCAGCCGACGUGCCGGUGUACAAAUGUGGAGGCUGCGGUGCAACACUUCAAGCGAAGAAGCGGAAUAACAGUACCGUUGACAGCACAUCACACAGACCGGACAAUAAUUCUUCGGGAAAACAGAAAGUGGAUCAAGAUUUUGGUGAUCAAAUUCAAGAAGCUGGCAGCAGCUCAAAUCAACAGCUGCAGCUUAAUAACUCUAACGAUGAAUCAGAUCAAAGCAGUGAUCAUAAUGCAGCUAACAUAGCUAAAAACGCUUCGAUUGAUGCACCGUCAUCUUCAAAACAGAAACAAAAGCAACUAUCUGAUGAUCAUGAAGCCAGCAUCAGCAGCAGCUUACAUAAACACUCACCGGUUAAUUCCACAGACGAACCACGUAGAAACGUUAACGAUCCACGUAGCUCAACCGAGCUAUCCGGCCACGAGGACCCCGAGUCAUCACCCGAAGCCACAGGUCAUACCAGAAUAGAUCAACCACAAGAACAAACUCAUAAUGAUCAUUCAUCAGGCGAACAGAAAACCGAGCAGCUAUCGAACCAAAAACUAACUGUUAAUUCAACCAAUGACCUAGAUCAAAACAAUGAUCAUCACAAACCUCAUAACUCAUCAGAACUUUCACAUCAUGAGGAUCCAGAUUCAGAUCUAGAUCCAGAUCAAGACUACACUGAUGAUCUAGAUCAAUUUUUAAGCUGCAGACACGAUGUCGAAUUCGAAGAAACCAGCAGUGAAUUCGAAGAAUCUUAUGCUAAUAAAAUCGUUAGAGAUUCUGAUUACGGCUCCAGAUCGAGCUUCAAAAGCAUAAUCGCUGACAAAUUGCUCGAUACAAAACGCAAAAAACCGGUGAAUCUGGAAAACGACGACGUAUUAUCGGAAUUAGGAAGUUCAGAUCUGAAUCACCGUCGGAUAUUCGAUCGAAUCACCUCGAAUUACUACGGUUAUGAAGGCAGUGUGUCCUCUUAUGACGGAAACGAGAUUCAAAACCCUAGAAGACCUCGAAUCGGUCAAAUUGAAGACGAAUAUGUGGAUCGAUUCAAUCGGAGUGUUCCUCAUCACAUGAAUAACCGAUUAGGUAAGCAGAAGCACCGAUCGACGGAGAUUCAUCGGAACCCUAACCCUAAGUUGGAGAGAAUACAGCUAUUGAAGAAGGUUCGAGAACUUACAGACCAACUAGAAAGAACGAGCGUCUCGAGUCCUCACGGUUUGAAUGAUCCGGUGAGAUUUGGCCGGCGAAUGGCGUUUUCCGGCGAAACAACCGCCGUCAAUCGACGGUUAGACGGUGGCACGUGCCAUCAUUGCUGUCCUCCACGAGACCGUACUUUCUCAGCCCAGCUUCCUCGACAGGCCCAACAUGUUUGCUGUAAUGGGCCGCAUUUUGAGCCCAAUACUUACUACAGCCCACGUGUUUCUGGCCUGUCAACCCCUGUACACACUCAUCCAGAGUCUGGAUUCUCUACACCAGAUGGUGGUUACGCUUAUAGUUACAGUUACAAACACCGGAAUGACGUGGCCAAAACGUUUCGUUCGCCGAUGAAGACGCGUUACGUCCGUCCGAUUGCAAACGGAUCACCGUGGAUCACGUGUUACCGGUGUUAUAAACUUCUUGAGUUGCCACAAAGCUUCCUUGUGUUCAACAAAAAAUGCCAUAGUUUAAGAUGUGGUGCUUGUAUGGAGGUGCUCAAGUUCACAUUACUAAACGGGACGCAUGUUAGCCGAUACUACCCGGAAGAAGCGAUCGCUGCUCCACCGAGCAGCGAGGUGGAUGACUAUAACGAACUGAACAGGUCACGGGCCGGACCCGUUUCGUGUUCAGACGUUUCGUUUCAAAAGAGUUACUCUACGGAAACGGACAGGAAUGGUUUUUGGGAGUUCGGUGAGGAGAGAAGAAAGGCAACUAUGUCGAGGGACCCAUCGGGUUCAAGCCAGCCGUCUUCUUCAAAGAUUUCGGGUCGAAGAAAGAUGAUGUCGGAAAUUGAGGUUGAGCGCAGGCCCAAUGGUUCGCCGUUGCAUCGGCUCAUGGGAUACUCGACGCCGAGUAAGGUGAUAAGGGGUUAGGAAUGGAGGGAAAUUUUGAAAGGAAGUUAUGUUAUUAUGUUAUAGCUUGUAUAGUUAUCCAUUUGUUUUAUAUGAUUUUGUUGGUAAGUAUGGUUGAUUAUUGAUUAAUAUAUGGAAUGUGUAUAUGAUAA